UCUCCAUCCACGCCGCAGCAGCAGCAGCAUCGUCCCACCAGCCGCCCAGAAACUGCACCGUCUGGCGGGAACCCGCUGACGAAGCACCGCCCGGCUGAGCUAGCCCGCCCGGCGCAUGGAUGGUCCAGCACAAUGGCAGAGGAUUCGGGGGUGCCUCUGUCGUAUUCCAACAACAGGUCGCAUGGAUAAUCCCUCUACAACCCUCCCGUAUCAUCUCGUGUUUGGGAUGAUUAGAGCGCCACUGUCGGCUUGAUGUGGCAGGAGAGCCGUGCGGGAGCGGGGCUUGUCGUCCUGGCGGUCGACUGAGAGGAAAACGGCGUGGAGCAGGUGUCGUGUGGCUGGGGGGCUCAGCAGGAUGGAAAUAGAUGCCCGUUUUCGCUACUAUUUCCAGCAUCCGUGGUCGCGUCUCAUCGUGGCCUACCUUGUCACCUUCUUUAACUUCCUCAUCUUUGCAGAGGACCCCGUUUCUCACAGUCAGACAGAGGCUCAUAUGAUUGUGGUGGGCAACUGCUUCUCCUUCCUGUUCAACAAGUAUCCUGGCCUUGGAUGGAACAUCCUGAAAGUAAUAUGCUGGAUACUGGCCAUUAUCACUGGCCUGUUAGCUGGGAAGUUUAUAUUCCACCGCCAGCUCUUUGGUCGAUACCUGCGCCUGAAAAUGUUCCGUGAGGAUCAUGGCUCCUGGAUGACCAUGUUCUUCAGCACCAUCCUCUUCCUCUUCAUCUUCUCACAUAUCUACAACCUUUUCCUGCUGAUGGCUGGGAGCAUGGAGCCUCACAUGGUGACUGAGUACAUGGGCAUCAGGAAUGAGAGUUUUAUGAAGAUUGCUGCAGUGGGGACGUGGAUGGGAGACUUUGUCACCGCUUGGAUGGUGACGGAUAUGAUGCUCCAGGAUCAGCACUACCCAGCCUGGGGCAAAGCAGCCAGAAGAUUCUGGAAACAAGGCAACAACCGGAUUGUACUCUUCUGGACAGUGCUCAUCUCUCUGACGUCGGUGGUGGUUCUGGUCAUCAGUACCGACUGGAUCAGCUGGGACAACCUCAACCGUGGCUUCCUGCCCAGCGAUGAGGUCUCCAGAGCCUUCCUGGCCUCCUUCAUUUUGGUCUUCGACCUUCUCAUUGUCAUGCAGCCACAGCCCCGAUGUAACAUGAAGUGCCUAUUUUUACAUCUACGUUUGAUUCCCCUGAGCCACUCUGGACCUGCGACUCCGUCUCCCUUCAACUUGGUGGACUGGGAGUUCCCUCACUUCAUGGGUGACCUGGAUAUGAAUCUACCAGGAAUGUCAACAACACAUGUGAAGGUCAAGCUUCCUGUCUGCAAGCGCAUCUUUAAAGAGGAGUACCACAUUCAUAUUACAGGUAAGUGGUUCAACUACGGAAUCAUCUUCCUUGUGCUGAUUUUGGACCUUAACAUGUGGAAGAACCAGAUCUUCUACAAGCCCUACGAAUACGGUCAGUAUGUCGGGCCUGGAGAGAAGAUCUACACAGUGGAGGAACCAGAAACACUCAGUGACUUCAACCACAGCACACUCACGUACGAGUGGCGCUCCACCAACAUCAAUCCCAGCACUAACCUGAGCUACGUGGAGCAGGACAUGUUCCUUCACAGCCGCUACAUCGGAGCCAGUCUAGACGUCAAGUGCCUGGCCUUCAUCCCGAGCCUGGCAGCAUUCGUUCUCUUCGGGUUCUUCAUCUGGCUGUUUGGGCGAUUUCAGGACAGCGAGGCCUUCACGGAAAAUCAAGACAAAACGUACGAGAGGAUAAAGAGGAAGUCGCCAUCAGAGUAUAGUAAGGACAUGGGCGUGACGCCGGAGGAAAUGCAUGUGACCAUGAGUGACAGUUUAAAACGAUCGGGAACGCCCAUGCUUCUCUCAGUGGACGGGCCACAUUUCGGAGCGACGCCCUCCACAAACUCGACUAUUUCCAUGGAAACACAAGAGACACAUCCGAGCAUUGUGAUUGACAGCGUAGCGCAGGAGGAGCCAGCGGUCUCUUUUGAUGUCCACAAACUUUCUCCGUGACCUUAUGAACUUCUGAGACUUUGAACUGUAUAACUGCAAACAGGUGGGAAAUGAGAGCGAUUGCGAUGUCAUUCAGACCCACGCUGCGACAGAAAGAUAUUUAAUACUAUUUGUCAUGAGAUUUAAGAGAAGGACAAAGUGACACUUACCAAACUAAUGUAACGGCUAUUGCAGUUGUAUUAAUAUAUUUUUCUAAAAUAAACCUUUUUAAUAGGCCCAAAAGCGGCACCAAUUCCUAUAACAAACACAUCUUUUAAAACCGAAUGCAAACACUUACUUGACUUGGUGCUCGCUUCAAUUUUGCAUUUUUCAUAAUUGAAUUUUGUCAUGGUAGACCGUUCUGGUGCCUAUAACAGAGGAGUAUUUCUACAGCCGUGACACUGCAGCAUCACAGCAGUGUUACAGAAACAGUAGUGCCUUGAUAUUUCAUAUGUUGAAAUACAGACAAACAUAUUCUGACAGCCUAUGCUACUAUAGGCAACAAAAUGGAAGAUGUCCUAGUUAUGGUCUGCUAUAUUAAUGUUUUAUAUUUGCUUUCAUAUCAUACUGUAUGGACAGUUACCUCAUUAGAUCAUCAGACUUUAUCAUUUUGAUUCUCACGUGACAUCUCUCCUACUCAAUUUUAAAAGCUCAUUCUUGCUCCAAUGAUACGAUUAUGAACAUCAAUGUAUGUUGAUGACCUAUUCAUAUCCCAUCACUUUAUAUUAGUUAGAGGCAGAGAUAAUAAAUGCAAUCAGCAGAGAUCAAAUAGCAAACAAUGAGCCACCUCAUGAUUGCUUAUGUGGCUGCUGCACCUAGACUGAAUACCAACAGAGUCAGAAAGGUGGUUUUGCCCUUGGCAUAAACAUGCCAUUGAAGUGAAGGGGAGGCUUCUGCUCCAAAGCUCAGGGCUUGUUUAUGUCUGGAUAAACCUUGGAAGUUUUAGAAGCAGUUUUGCAGUCAUGGUAAAUGCAUGAAAAAUAUUUAUUUGAAAUGUUAUCCUACAGUUUAAAAAAAAAAAAAAAAAAAAAAAAAUCCUUGAUUUCAAACACAACUGAAACCUGCAGCAUUUAUCUUUACACUCGCUUUGAAAGUAUUCACUGCCUUUUUACAUAAUUUUCUUUGGUGUGCAGUUUCUUCAAAAUAUAAAUAUUUUGGUCCCAAAAAGUGGCCUAUAUACAUAUACAUAUACAUUUACAUAUAUAUACAUAUACAUACACAUACACAUACAUAUACAUACACACACACACACACACACACACACACACACACACAUAUAUAUAUAUAUAAAUUUUUCUUCUGGAAAGUGCAAGUACCAGUUUAAUGAUUACUACAUUACUAAUAUUUUCAUUUGUAUUAAGGAGUACUUUGCAUAUAUUAGUGACCAAAGAUGCUAUAAUGCUAUAAUACAGUAUUUUCAAACAAAAUUGUGUUGCAUAAGAAAAUAUACUAAUUUAAAAGGGAUAUGUACUGCAUUUUCAUGAUAGAGUGGAAUGAUAUUAUGCAUCACUCUGCAUUAUAAUACACAGUAAUGUACAAGAAUGUCUUUCCCUAAAAAGAGAAAACUGCUAAAAAUAACCGCUUCUUUUACUCCCUAACAACCCAGUCCUAACAAAAUCUUGUUUAGCGGUAUUUGCUUUCAAAGUAAAGGAAUGUGGAGCUGGAUGUGUGCCACCAGAAUAAUACAUAUAAUCAAUAUAUUGAUGAAUUUUUAAAAGUUAUUUUAAAUUAGUUAAUUACAUUCAGGCAUGUAUAGACUCAAAUAAUAAUAAUGAUGAUUAAAAGAUUAUUUAAUUUCCCUGUUAAUGAUUCAGCGUCCUUAUUCUGUCUUUAAGUGAUAAAUUAAUGAUUAAAUUUUAAAAUGGAAACAUUAAUU